CGCCAAUUUGCAAUUGAUAAUUAUUCUAGACUUUCAAAUCUUGAUAAAGAUUUAUUACCAAUAGCUUAUGACAUAAUUCAAAAAUUUCCUAUUAAACAAAAAAAAUCAGAUGCAUUAGUACAUGACCCAGAAACUCAAGCUAUUUUUGAAUCUAUUCGUCCCUAUACUGAGCCAAUUUCAUCAUUUGAGUGCUUUCGUAAUAUUUAUAACAUUAGUGUUAAUAGAACUGGAAUCAAGAUUACUUCUCCAGUAAAUAGUAACAUAUCCAUUACAGCUAUCAUUACAACUAUGUUUCUACCCCAUUAUGAUUGUACCGUAAGUGCUAUUUGGACAGCUUCUGUUGUAAUCUUACCUAGUGAAGAUCUGGAAAUCAUAAAUAACGAAAAAAAAAAUGGUCAUGCCAAAAACAUAGAUCCACUUGAACAAUAUGAUUAUGGAGAUCCAUUGAAUCUUCACCCUUAUUAUUAUUAUGAUGAUAGAAAACUUUCAGAAUUAACUUCUAAGCAUGUUUUUGUAUUUGGAGCUAGUGUAGAUAAUAAAGACGAAAGAAGAAAAAAAGAAAAAAAAAAAAUAGCAGAUAUUUGGGCUCCAAUAUGUAUUAAAGCCAAAUCAGCUGAUUAUAUUGCAAGUGUACUUAAAAUCCCUGUUCUUACUGGUGAUUUAUUAUUUAAAUAUGUGCUUGAUUGUUUACAACCAACUAUACAAAAUAAUGGAGAGACACCACUUAAAUAUUGGAUUAAUGGAUUAAAAAGUAAAGGAGAUAUUCCAAUUGAACCAAAGCAACAUCUUUGGUAUCAUGCUUGGAAUCAUGCAUUAAAUGGUGGAAAAUUUAUUUAUUAAUUACUAUGAAUUAGUGAUUAUCAUAUUUGAAUUUUCUUACAAAUAAAUCAAAUAAAUAAAGUUAAACUAGC